CACCGCGGAUUGGUAGCACACAGGUCCAAGCUGCCAGGUUGGCAAGUAACAUCUGGAUAUUUCACCAUUUUGCCGUCAGAAAUCCUCCUUUUUGAAAGAUAUCCCAUAAACCCCGGAUUGUAUCGAGGUCUGAGACAGUUUGACCAUUCUCUCAUCGCGGCUAAAUUAUGAAUCCUACUGGUUUUGUGGUAGCGUUUUUGGCAGUGCUGUGUUGUAUGAUUUCACAAGUCAGAUGCCUUUCGUUUAUGCUGCCACCAAAUGUGAAAAAGUGUCUGCAAGAAGAGAUCCACAAAGAUGUUCUUGUGACUGGGGACUACAAACUGAGCGGUGCACCAGGACAUAAAACACUGUUACUUGUCAGUGAUAGCAAAGGACAUAUUUUGUAUACUAAGGAUGAUGCAUUAGAGGGCAAGUUUGCUUUCACAUCGGACGACUACGACACAUUUGAGAUUUGUUUCACGACAAAGCUCCCCGCUGGAAUGAGGGGAGCAGACCGUGAGGUAUUUAUUGACAUUAAGAGAGGUGUGGAGGCUAAGAGCUAUGAAGAUAUAGCCAAAUCUGAGGCGUUGAAGCCUUUGGAGGUUGAACUUCGUCGCUUGGAAGAUUUGUCUGAGGCCAUUGUCAAUGAUUUUGCCUACAUGAAAGCUAGAGAAGAGGAGAUGCGAGAUACCAAUGAGUCAACAAAUUCCAGAGUUUUGUAUUUCAGUAUUUUCUCAAUGGUCUGCCUCCUUAGUCUUGCUACCUGGCAGGUCUUCUACCUUAGACGUUAUUUCAAAUCAAAGAAGCUCAUCGAGUGAAAACCUUUAAGAGGCCUUUAGCUCAGAUGUUUCUUAGACAUGGAUGUGGGUAGAAUUAUUUUAAGCAGAUAUUUCCAGUUUUCUUGACCAUUUAAAGCUUCUAUUCCGCAUAUUUAUUUUCUUGAAUUUUGUCCAAUUGUUCCUAGUACACAAUUUCAGUGCAGUGUUAAUCACGACUACAAACAUUGUUUGAUUAACAAUUGUUAAUGCACUAGUCUGUCCAAUCCUUAGGAAAAUAUCAGAGUUGCGGUCACCUGUGCCCAAUUUCAUAGAGCUGCUUAAGCACAAGUGGCUAGCACAAAACAUUUCUGCUUACCCGAUCAAACUGCAUAUUAAUGGUUUUCCUGCUAAUAUUAUUUGCCGAGCAGAAAAUUGUUUGACAAAUAUUUUCUUCUGAAGCAGCUCUUUGAAAUUUGCGUACAACAAAUAAAAACAAACUAUCUUGAUUUUUAACACUGUCUUACAAACAAAAUAUUUGGGGACAUGGUCUACAUGUAGAGAGCUUUUGGGCUGUCAUCAGGCAAAGAAAUAACAAUAUAAAAUACAAAUAAGUUCUUAGUAAUAUUUUUAUUGGUAUAAAUCACACUUCAAAGCGGUUGGAGUGGGCAUACACAUUUUUACAAGCCUCAAUACAUUUCUUUCUUUCUAUUACAUCAUUUAAAUAUUUCUCAUUAGUUUCUCUUUUAUAAAGUAUGUUUGGUGUUCACUCGACACCAACUUUUAUUUAGAAUCCAGCAGAGAGCUGUUACUUUAUUCUCUCUCUUUCUUUUUGCGAUCAAGUUUUAUCAAUAUUUGAAGAGGGGAUAAUCUUUCAGCAUUCUUGAUGAACUUUAUGUGAAGAUUGUGACGUUCCUAGAAUCUUUAAGAGAUACAAGUUGGUUUUAAAAACUUACAUGUGAAUGGUAAAUUGUGUAUUUACUGUGAACUAUACAGCAGGCCACUUUUCCGUCAAUCACUAAAAUUUCAUCUACUUUUUGGAAAACUUCAAAAUGCUGUACAAAGUUUUGUGUGCAUGACAGUUUCUUUUAACAUGUCUGUGUAUAUAUUACUUCUUGUGAGAGAGCACACUGCUCAAAAUUCAUGACUGUUGUAAGUCAGUGGUUCUCUUUGCUUAUACUCCAAUAAGGUUACACGUUGUGGAUUCAAUACAUUGACAUUGUCUAGGAAUCUCAGUAAGUUUUCUUUUUGGUGUUAGUUAUUUAAAGGAUAGUUUUCUCGUUAAAAAUACCUUGAAGGAAAACCCUUUUGCAAAUGAUGUCACUCCUAGCGCUUUGAUAUUUCAGGGGGGGGGGGGAUUACUGUUACAGUUGGUCAACUCUAAUGCCCACAUUUAUUUAAGUGUUGACCACAGAAUAGAACCCGAAUAACUGCUGUGUGUAUCUGCUUUGAAGCAAUUCAUGCACGCUGCCAUUUUAGCUGAAUUUCAGCUCUACCAUUGGUUCAUCUGGAUAACGUUGCCUGAGAGGCAUAUCACAUGGUAUCAUUAGCUAAGAAUUCCUGUGUUCUGUGGUGUUUACCCUUGUAAAAUCAGACAUGGUUGCUCUGUGACAUCCUAGCAUAUACAACAGCAGAAAUUUUAAUUCGCCCUAGGCAUUGUUUUCACUACGUACAAAAUACAUUAUUAAUUGGCAAAAUGAAAGUAAAGUGUUUGUUUUCUUCACCGAUAAUGGACAGACUUUGUUUUCAAAAUUCCUAGACUUUACAAACAGUUUUGUUGUAAACUAGCAUUUUAAUUAAUUAAAAUUGUUUAGUAGCAACUUAUAUUUGAAGAUUGAUAAAUAAAACUUUUGAACAAAA